UAUUAUCAUCAUCUUCUAUAAUGUUUAAUACAAAGUUGAUAUACCAUAUUGUUUUUAAAUGUAUUAGUUUUAGCUAAUGUGAUAUGUUUUAUUUUGAUAUUUAAUAUAUUAGAGAAUAUUAAUAAUGGAGAAAAUUUUUAACAUGAUUAAUAGUCUAAUAUUAAUCAGAUUAAAAAGGGGAAGGUUAUACUGAACUGUAAAUCAUGCAACAACAAAAAAAAAUGUAUCCGUGAGGGCACUAAUAUGACAAACAUUAAUUAAUUAAAAUUAAUUUAGCUUUAGGCCACAAUAAAUAAAUUGAGAAACAAUCAAAUAAAUGAUUUUACACCUAGACUUGUUAGUCAUUUUUUUAUAGAUCGAUGCAAAUUUAUACUUGCAUAUAUAAUGUGUACAUUAUAAAUAAUUAUAUAACAUUAAAACAUCACAUUUUUAAUUAUUUAACAAAUUGAUGCAAAUAUUAACAAAAAAAUAUAUAUAACCCGAAUUUUAAUGGGGUAUUAAACUGUAACUGUAAAUCACGCAAUCUUUUAUCUAUUUAAUUACAAUUAAUUUAGCUAUAGGCCACAAUAAAAUUGAGAAACUUUUUUUCUUAAGACUCAUUCGUCAGUUUUAAUAGAGGUAUUUUUUAGGCAACAGCUUAGCUAACCAAGGAUGUUCUUUGGGACCAGCAUUGUAUGGGUUAAACCGAAAGUCUACGUCAGAAUACGUCACGGUUAGGGUUUUUUUUUUUUUUUGUAGACGGAAGAAACCGGAGAAAUUAGCGGAGGACAGGGAGAGCGUCUCAUAAGAGCCUCUCCUUCAUCCAUGGUCGGUCAUAGGCAAUGCUCCAGAGAAGAUGGGACAAGCUUUGUGUAUAUGCUCGCGCAGUGCCAUCACCAUUGACAACAAGAGAUACUACUUCAUCCAGAAACUAGAAGAAGGAGGAUUUAGCUAUGUGGAUCUGGUAGAAGGUGCACAUGAUGGCCACUUCUAUGCUCUAAAGCGAAUCCUUUGCCACGACCGUGAGGGCCGCACAGAGGCCCAGACUGAGGUGGAGAUGCACCGCCUAUUCAACCAUCCCAACAUCCUCAGCCUGACUGCACACACCUUCAUGGAGCGCAGCGGAAAGUGUGAAGCCUGGCUGUUGCUCCCAUACAUCAGUAACGGAAGUCUUUGGUCUGUUCUUGAGAAGCUGCGGGAUAAGGGAAGCUCUAUGCCUGAGAGCCGCAUACUACACAUUCUGCAUGGCAUCAGUGAAGGCCUCAAAGCAAUACAUGACAAAGGCUAUGCACACAGGGACUUGAAACCCACCAAUGUUUUACUGGAUGAGAACGAUCGCCCUUUGUUAAUGGACUUGGGCUCCAUGAACAAGGCCAGGAUUGAAAUUCGGGGGUCACGGGAGGCCAUGACAGUCCAGGAUUGGGCCGCUCAGAGAUGCACCAUCUCACACAGAACAACAGAUCUCUAAAAUGUAGAGACACACUAUAACAUAUAAGAGAAAAGAAAAUAUUUUAAUAAUUCUCAUUUUUGUUCUCUAGGUUGUGUGUUGUACUGUAUGAUGAUGCUGGAGGGACCAUAUGACUUGAUAUUUCAGAAGGGUGACAGCGUGGCUCUCGCCGUCCAGAAUCCAGUCUCCAUUCCACAGUCGUGCAGUUAUUCUCAAGGUCUUCAAACCCUCCUCAGCUCCACUAUGGUGACCAAUCCUCAGGAAAGGCCCAGAAUCAGCUGGGUCCUUGACCAGGUCCAAAACCUUCGGGACUCAAACAGUGCAGACGUAGAUACCAACAGAGUAUGAUGCUUCCACUGAGAUUUCAUGUCAGUUUUCCUGUGGACUCUGGGCAUUUUGGACUAUGCACUCUCUCUUUCAGACAAAAAUAACCCGCUGAACUCACAAGCCUUGCAAACAUUUGCUCUGUCUUACCUCAGUGAGCUCAGUACGCCAUGGUUACACACUCCAGCAUGAUCACACUAGCCUUCACAUCAAUGUCUCAUAUUUCACACCAAAAUCCAUUUUGAGCAAUGAAAUGAUCUUAUGACUUUGGGGUCAAAUAUGAACAGGGCAUGCUUCUGAUUUUGUGGGAUUCACUGUAAUUUCACACAAACCACACAACAGAGGGCAAUAGCUCUAUUUGCUGUAAUAGCAGCAUUAUCACAGGGCACCGUUUACAUUACAAACCAGUUGUUUUAGGAUUCGAAUUUGGCCUACCUGUCUUUUUUUCACAUUUCUUAGCUUGUCCAUUUUAAGGAAUGAAAACAAAUGUAUAUUUAUGAGGAUACUGAUUCGAAUUUUAGCUGUUUAAAAUGUAACUGACAUCAGUUAGGUUAUUUAAACGUAGCUCUCCUGAGAAAGCAAGACAUUCAAGGUUAUUUGUGGGCAGAGAAUUAGGGACUUUGUGUUGUGAAGGUCCAAAGAUAAAGCUGAGUUACUGUCAGUGGACUUCAUCUGCGAAACAGAUUUCUGACCAAAAUCAUUCUUAUGUAUGUUGUAGCAUUGAAAAAAUAGUUCUGCUCACGUUUAAUGAAGGAGUCUGAAAGCAGGGCUGAAGAAUUUGUGGAUUAAAGAGAGAGUAAUUUUAACUAGUUUGGCUAUAGCUCUCAACUUUUAUUACGAAGUGAAAGUGUGUUAGUUAAGCUACGCUCAAUAUUUGUUUCAGAGACUUUGAGAGGAUGUGUAACAAAAGGUCAUGCCUGUGAGUUCACAUUACUUUGCAAAAAGAAUGUGUUCACUUUUCUCUUUUUAAGUGGUACAAAUGACUGUAAAUACUCUCAGUUGUUUUGUUUAGUAGAAGUUGCUUUAAUUGCUUACAGUAUUUGAGUGUUCUUUAAAGGACACUUCUUAAAGGAAACUACUUCUUUAAAACAAACAUUAGAAAUAUAUUUAAGUAUGCAUUUUAAUUGAGCAAGAAAUCCAUGUCUAGAGAUAAUUGCUGCGUUCAGUUAUUUGUUUAUUGUGUCUGAUAAGUCUAGGUUAGUGUGGAUCAAUCUCACAAAAAAAUGUCAGGGCCAUAUUUUAACCCCAACAAAAUAAAUAGAAUAAAGCCUGUUUGUAGGACCAUAACAUUAUUUGUCAUUGUGGCAAUAUGUUGAUAUGACCCAGACAUGUUUUUAUGAGUUAUCAUAUGCAUUACAUGUGCUUUGAUAAUUCAGGACUAAAUUAAAUCUGUGAAUAAGGACCUAAAUGUGUUUCUACUUUUUGAUUGUUUUAUUUGUUUAUUUUUAGCAGCAGUAAUUUUCUGAUUAUUUCAGAAAAAUUAUCAUAAUAUUCAGAUUUACUUCAGAUUGAUUUUGACUAGGAUGUUAAUGUGUUUUGAAAGGACAUUUUAACCUGAACAUGUCCAGGUUUGCUUCUGUUCAGGAAUUCUUAAUUAUGCAAGUCUGUUAAUUUCUAGGAUAUAAGACUGGAGACAUAUAUCUUGGCAUUCUUUUACAUGUAUUUCAUUCCUUUUGUAAAUGGUGUGAAUAAAGUGUGAUUGAAACAGCGAC